AUGAAUCAGAAUGAAAUAGCAGUCUCAAUGAAGAUACCAGAAUUGAAGUGUGUUGAAUCCAGAACAGAGAAUAAGCAUUUUCAUUAUAGUCGUUUCACUCUAUCUCCGCUUCACAAAGGUCAAGCUAAUACAAUAGGCAGCGCAAUAAGAAGAGUUUUACUUGGAGAAGUAGAAGGAACAUGUAUCACAUGUGCUAAAUUUCACAAUAUAUCAAACGAAUAUUCCGUAAUAAUAGGUAUUGAAGAAUCAAUACAUGAAAUUUUGAUGAAUCUGAAAGAAAUUGUACUUCGAAGUGAUGCAUACAGAAUUCGAGAAGGAUCUAUCCAUGUUGUUAGACCAAAAAAAGUAACCGCUCAAGAUAUCAUGUUACCACCUUCUGUGAGAAUAAUCGAUCUUCCUCCGAUGCCAUAG